UUGAGCCCCAUGUCAGACUGAGCUCAGUGACUCCCCCCAGUGGCAGACACCCUGCCAUGCUGAUGUGCAGCGCCUAUGACUUCUACCCCAAACAAAUCAGAGUGACCUGGCUGAGGGACGGACGUGAGGUGAAAUCUGAUGUGACCUCCACUGAGGAGCUGGCUAACGGGGACUGGUACUACCAGAUCCACUCCCACCUGGAGUACACACCCAAGUCUGGAGAGAAGAUCUCCUGUAUGGUGGAGCACAUCAGCCUCACUGAGCCCAUGAUGUAUCACUGGGACCCGUCCCUGCCUGAGGCUGAGAGGAAUAAGAUAGCGAUCGGGGCAUCUGGUCUGGUGCUGGGAACCAUCUUAGCAUUAGCAGGACUGAUCUACUACAAGAAGAAGUCUUCUGGGGUGCUCUAGUAGCAACAAGGUGAGACUUGAAGGCACAUUGCUGUGUCUGCUGCAGAAAUGGAUCCCAAAUGAGAUUUUGUUGCUUGUUAUGGAACAUGUUCAGUAAAUGGUGAAGAUAUUGUGUGUGGUAAUACUGCUGUUUUGAGAAGGAGUAAAACGCUGGUUAAUGAGAAUAGAAAAUAGCUUCAGUCUGUUUUCAUUUCUUCAUGUUUUAGACUUUAAAUGUCCCCCUGUACUGACAUCACACCCCUUGUACUGACAUCACACCCCUGUCCUGACAUCACACCCCUGUCCUGACAUCAUACCCCUGUACUGACAUCACACCCCUGUCCUGACAUCACACCCCUGUCCUGACAUCACACCCCUGUACUGACAUCACACCCCUGUACUGACAUCACACCCCUGUACUGACAUCACACCCCUGUAAGCAACCUCCUUCAUGUCUCAUUGAUACGAUGUUAUAUGGUUGAUUUCAGCUCCCUUCAUUUUCUGCUCUGUCAUGGUUGUGGUGUCUUGUCUUCUAUAUAACUAGGACAUAUUUUACACACCUUUGAUUUGGUACAAGCUUUUCAAUAAACCAUUAAACAUG